CACGGAAGCAGAGCAGGAGUUGUGAAACCCUCCGAUCUGUCGACUUCUGUUUGUCAAUGCGGAUUACGCCUCGAGUUGAAAGGAGCGAUUAAUUUAGACAGAUUUAGGCUUCGUCGGUGUGCGUAUCCAGAGGACACAAUGAAAGUAGCUUUUCUGGCACUUUCCAUAUUUCUGUGCUGCUGCCUGGUCACAGUGCAAAUGCGACCCAAUCAGAAAUCAACAGACCCACCAACAAAGACCCAAAAUGUGACAGAAUCACCUAAAGAUCCUACAGAUAAUCAGCCUGGAAAGUCUACACAGUCUGAAGUAAAAACCACUAAGAAACCAGCAGACCCACCAACAAAGGCCCAAAAUGUGACAGAAUCACCUAAAGAUCCCACAGAUAGUCAGCCUGGAAAGUCUACACAGUCUGAAGUAAAAACCACUAAGAAACCAGCAGACCCACCAACAAAGGCCCAAAAUGUGACAGAAUCACCUAAAGAUCCCACAGAUAGUCAGCCUGGAAAUUCUACACAGUCUGAAGUAAACACCACUAAGAAACCAGCAGACCCACCAACAAAGGCCCAAAAUGUGACAGAAUCACCUAAAGAUCCUACAGAUAAUCAGCCUGGAAAGUCUGCACAGUCUGAAGUAGAUGCCAGUAAGGAACCUGGUGGCAAUGCCAGUGAAGAUAUGACUGAAAACCAAGAACAUUCAAAUGAAAUCGUGGAGGAGGAAAGCGGUCAUUUCUUUGCUUACCUUGUUUCCACUGCUGUGUUGGUGGCAGUGCUUUACAUCGCUCACCACAACAAGCGCAAGAUAAUAGCCUUUGUUUUGGAAGGAAAGAAAACCAGAUCCACACGCCGGCCUAAAUCCUCAGACUACCAGAAGCUGGAACAGCAUCUGUGAUCUCAUUCAGCAGCAAGCUCUAAAGUCAUUGGCUGGAGAAGCUGAACAUGCUGUUGCUUGAGAAGGGCAGUGGAUACUCGUGUUGGAUGUCUUUGGUGUACAUUACAUUAAGUUCACCCUGUGUUAAAUGGACAUUUUGGUCUUUCGUACCUUUAGAUGUUUAUUGCAUGACUAUGCAGAUGACACUGUUGCCUUAUUGAGACAGUUAGAGAAAUGAAGGAAAAGUAAGCAUGCAGUUUUUGCACUUCGUGUUUCCACUUAUAAGGCAAUCUGGCCAGCCUAAGCUCCUGACUCAGGAUAUUUCUGUAGCUAAGAAGCUGUUUUGAUUGCUGUCUUGUGAAGAGCAGUAGAAAUUGCAAUGUGUACUUAAAUAAGCCAUGUUAGUGUAAUUUAUUUCUGUAAAUGCAUAUUGAUUUAUCAACAACUGUGUUCUGAAAAAGUCAGUGUGUUGUCAUUAGCGUUGUUAUUUUUCUGUAUAGUUGCCCAAAAUGUCUGGACAGUUAGUCCCAUUUUUGCUUCAAUUAUUUUAAUUUGAACCACUUCAUGUGUUGGAACUCCAAUCUUAAAUGUUAAAUAUUUCUGUGAGAGGUCGUUGCUUUGACUGCUAGGAGUGCACUAUUAGUAUGAAAUAGCUUUUUAUGGAAAUGACCACUAAUAGACAAGAUUUAACAUAUGAAAUGUUUCUCAUGAAUAGAUGUGCGUUUAUGUUCAGAGAUGACUGAACUGUGCCAAAUUGUGAAUUAUUACUGUGUCUCAGUUUGUGGCUAUUGUGUCGUGCCUGUUUCUGUUAAAUUUAUUCUUGAAGAUGGUGGACAAAGAGCUGGAUCUGUAAAAAUAAACUGAACCUUCCUGCUUCUUGGCAAGACUAAGUCUAUAUUAUGUAAAACUGUGUGUGUGUAUAUAUAUAUAUAUAUAUAUAUAUAUAUAUAUAUAUACACGCACUUUUUACAUAUAUAUAAAAAUUCUACAAAUGCAAUGGGCAUAUUUGAUGAUUGAGUUUUAAACAUUUUUGUUGUAUUUGCUUUAAUUUUUUGGGAGUGACUAAACAUUGCACAUGCUGAAUGGUUGAGGCUUAUCCUUAAAUAAAAGAGCUUUCUACUUUU